CAGCAAAAACAUAUCAGCCUAAAACAGGUGCAAGCUUAUCGUUUCAAGACAGUUACCAACUUUGGUGGCAGCUACGGGUUCUCGUAUUACCUCCAAAUAACCAAUGUUGAAACGGGUUGGAUGAUUGACGUAGCCAAAAUCAUCCCCUUUCCAAGGGAGAAUGACUCAAAUUCCAAAAAUCUCUGUUACAGUUCAACCUUCUCACUGGACCUCUUCUCAAGUGUCCUCAAUCUACCCACAUUCGCUUCCUCGGUGCCCUUUGCAGAAUGUCACGAAAGACCUGAUCCUGCAUGUCUCUAUUUCCUCCUUCAUCGAUUGGAAAGCCCCACCGAGGGAAUGCGUCUCAUCGCCCAUGUUUGUAUUGAGGCUUCAAAGGUUCCAUCAUCCCUCCGAGAUCAAGCUCUUGCCUGUCGUGUCUCCCUCCUCGAUGUGGCCUUGCAAAGCUUGCUUCAUCCCUGCCUUCACUACAUUGAGUACUUGGCGGGCUUUCUCGACCCUCCUGCCUCCUUGCCUCCCGAUCUGUCGAUUAUUUCCCAAGAUUCCUCUAACGUUGCCCGACGUCUACUGCUUUGUCUCUACCUCCGAAGACCAGGCAUUCUUUACGCUCUCAAGAGCUCCGAGGCUUGGAGUUUUCUUCGAACUCCGUCAGCCAACGGGAGCAUUCCCGAGUGCUUUGAGCAGAAAGAAGUGCGUCUAUUAUUUUGUUUCAUAAGUGACGGAAUCCUAGAUGAUACAUCAGCUCUACAGUCGUAA